AUGCCGAGCAAACAGUUUUACCUCCUUGGCGAGGAUGUGACAGCGGCUAGGGAGAUCGACGUUGCCGCCGAUUUAGAGCUUGGCGAUCUCCAAGAAAUCACAGCUGCCCAUUUUGGCAUCGUAGAACCCAAAGGUGUUUCAUUUUCUUCCCAAAAUGCGGAGCUCCCCUCAGUUCAAGAUGUCUUGGAUGCCACAGACGCUAUCGCCAUCAGCGUGGAUGGGAGAAAGAUCCGAGAAGUGCCUGGCCCCAAGGGCCUGCCGUAUUUCGGCUCCUAUUUUGAGACAUAUCCAGAUCAUCUCGGCAACCACCAGCGACUCUUCGACAUGUACGGCCCCAUGUUCAAGACAACUACUAUGGGCCGGACAAUCUACCAAACCAACGAUCCCGCUCUCGCCAGUAUCGUGUUCGCAGAAAGCGAGUUCUUUUCCAAAGUGAUCAACGAGGACCACCCUUUGUACCCGAUCAGGAACCAACAAGCGGGCGUCUUUCUCGGCGACACCAACACCGAGGAGUGGCGCAUCGUCCACAAAUUCCUUCCGCCCGCGUUUGGACCCAAGGCGGUCCGUCAUUACGCCCCUACCAUGCAAAAAACAGUCGAAGACGCCUUCAACGUGUUUGACGAGUUGGACGAGCGGAACGAGGCUUGGAACGUCUACCCCUACAUGCUGAAGCUCGGUUCUCAGGCCGUUGGCAAGCUGGUUCUUGGCUUCGACUUUAACCACUUCACAGCGGUCGACGCACGCCCUCAUGAGCUAGUGAUGCUGAUAGCGGAAUCGCUGGAGCUCAACAAGAAGGUCGCAUCCCGCGGAGACUGGUAUGCCGCACUGCCAUUCGGAGACCCCAAACGCCUCCGGGGGAUGAAAGAGCGCAUCGCAACCAUGAUGGAAGAGCCCAUCCAAAACGCCAAGCGCGGCGGUAUCCAAGACCUCGACCUCCAGGAUGCCGCUCUCAAGGCAGAGAACAUGAUAGACUACGUUCUCCGCGCCACCGACAACAAAGGCAAUAAGCUGCCCAAAACCUCCUUCAUCGAGCCGCUCAUCGUCGCCACCGGCGCGGGCUUCACCACCACCAGCUCCCUCCUCUCCUGGCUCAUCUACGGCCUAGUCGCCUACCCCGGCAUGCAAGACCGGCUCCUCCAAGAACUCAUCGACAACGACUUCACGCCCACCACGCAAAUCACCGCCGAGCUCACCAGCAAGCUCACCUUCCUCGACAAGUACAUCAAAGAGACCCAACGGCGCCACAACCCUUCCUUCCAACCCGCCCGCACCGCCCUGCGCGACCUGAUCCUCCCCGGUGGGUACAAGCUCCCCAAGGGGGCCGUCGUCAUCCCCGCGCUGCACCACAUCCACAACAACCCGGCCGUGUGGGACAGCCCGGCGCGGUUCGACCCGGACCGGUGGGACACGGACGCCGUGCGCAACCGCCACAAGGCGGCGUACAUCCCCUUUGCGACGGGCCCGCGGUCGUGUAUUGGGUUUAAUUUUGCGCUGCAGGAGGUGAAGGUGUUCUUGCCCAAGUUGGUGUAUCGGUAUCGGUUUGAGCGGGAGGAUGAGAAUGAGACGGUGGAGUAUGACCCGAUGUUUCAGCUGAUUAGGCCGAAUAAUCUGUAUGUGAGGGCGGAGAGGAGAAGGGAGUGGCCGGCGAAGAGUGGGUGA